AUGCUAAACGAUAAAUCUGGAAAAAGUGAAUUACCAUGGGUGUUAAACCUUUAUAAAAAUCUUCUAGCAUAUUCUGCUCCUGUCUUUAUAACAAUAGAAGGUGCUGCUACUGCAAUUGCGAUUGUUAUUAGUAGAAAUAUCGUAAGAAAUAUGACUGAUGAUGAUAGUCAACGUGCACAAGUCUGCCUUCUGAUCGCAUCUAUCGCGACCUACGUAACUUCAUUUUAUGCUUUAUAUGUAAUUUACUCCAUCCCUGGAAUGGAUAUUAUUACCGCGACACUAAUUGGGUCUGUCCUGACUUUAGUCAUUGUAACAACAAUUUUGAUGUUUAUUAAUGGUGAAGGCAUUAUAACUGAUGCUGCUCUAUUGUUUGCCUAUAAUAUAUAUUGUAUAUACAUGUUAUCGAUCAAUUGGAAUCGUGAAAGUAAAAAAUCGGGUAGUGCUAUAUUGAUUGAUCAUGAAAAAUUAUCUCUUCCGCUUGCCACUCUUCAAACUAUUGGAAUCAAUACUAAAACUUUCUUAAAAGGGGUCACGAACUUUUUAGGUACUUUUAGAUCAAUUUCAGCUAUACAAAAAGCUCUUUCGCUACAAGCUUUCAUAUCACUUGUAUAUCGAACUGGGAUUGUGUCUAUAGCAUUUUAUUCUGUACGUGAAGCUGAUGAAGAUGAGAGUCUUAUAGGUCAAACUGUCUUAAAUUUUAUAACUGCAUUCACAACUCCAGUACUUAUUGCAGUAUAUACACACUUGCUAUUAUCCCAUUAUGAGUAUUUAAAUAGUGAUGAUUCGCUUUGGAGAUGGGUUGGCAUAGGU